UCGCGGUAGGAACUGUAGGAAGAGACAGUCAGUAUUAUCAGGUAGUGUUGGAAACUCGUUGGUGUGCCGUCAUGACGGAGGAGGCCCGCAAGGAGGUUCGCGUCUGGUGCGACGGGUGCUAUGACAUGGUGCAUUUUGGACACGCAAAUUCCUUGAGGCAGGCGAAAGCUUUAGGCGAUUAUCUGGUGGUAGGAGUUCACAAUGAUGAAGAAAUUACAAAACAUAAAGGCCCUCCCGUCUUCACUGAGGAAGAAAGGUACAAAAUGGUGCGUGGCAUUAAAUGGGUAGACGAAGUAGUCGAAGCUGCGCCCUACGUUACUACAUUAGAAACAUUAGACAAAUAUAACUGUGAUUUUUGUGUUCACGGCGAUGAUAUCACAAUGACGGCUGACGGCGUGGACACGUAUCAUUUAGUCAAGGCAGCCGGUCGCUACAGAGAAGUUCAACGUACAGCCGGUGUCUCAACGACCGAUCUUGUUGGACGUAUGCUGUUAAUGACACGACAGCAUUUUCGACAGGGUGACAAUGAAUACAGCGUCGAUAGAGAACCGAGCAAGAGGAUGGGUCAGGAUCGAACCGCCCGGAGUCCGUGGACUGGCUGCUCACAAUUCUUGCCAACCACACAGAAAAUUAUACAAUUUAGCGACGGCAAGAGUCCGCAGUCAGGCGAUAAGAUUGUGUACGUGGCAGGCGCGUUUGAUCUCUUCCACGUGGGACACUUGGAUUUCUUGGAAGUCGCUAAGAAAGAGGGAGACUAUCUCAUUGUGGGUCUGCAUACCGAUCCUGCAGUCAAUCGAUACAAAUGCGGUAAUCAUCCUAUUAUGAAUCUUCAUGAGCGAGUUCUCAGUGUGUUAGCGUGUAAGUAUGUUAAUGAAGUUGUUAUUGGUGCGCCGUAUGCAGUGACAAGAAAUCUGAUGGAACAUUUUAAUGUGUCUGUUGUGUGUCAUGGACAAACUGGCAUAAUGCUUUGCGAGGAUGGGUCGGAUCCAUACUCGGAGCCAAAAAAGCAAAAUAAAUUUAAAUUGUUAGAUAGCGGUAACGAUAUGACAACGGAAAAAAUUGUUGAAAGGAUCAUUCUUCACAGGUUGGAAUACGAGGAUAGAAAUUUAAGGAAGGAGAAAAAAGAGCUUGCUGCUUAUGAAGUCUUCAUCAAGUCUAAGAAAAAUGACAAGAUUGAAUAAUUGUUUAUUUUAUUUCCUU